GUCUGUAAACCCCAAAGGUUGAUUUCACCUGGGAGCAGUGCGUGGGUGGGUGGGAGCUGUGGGGAGUCUGACCAGCAGACCAAGAACAUUAUCAUCGUCAUGCGUUCUUCAUGAAACACUUCUCUUCUUGGCUGCGAGAUGUGGGUAUUUUAUGGGAAGAACUAUUUUUUUCCUAUUACACUAACACUGGGGCAUUAAUGCCUUUAUUUUAUUGUUUUAAACUGCCCUGAUGGCUGGAACAUUAGACGUUAAAUUCUUUAUUUCAGUGCUUUAUAACAUUUUUAUAUCACCCAUAGUUUCUCUGACAGCGGAGCUUGUAGCAUUGGUAUUUGCUUGACUUCAGAGGGGAAAUGAAAGGCCUCACAAGCCUUAACUGUAGCAGAAGUUAAAGGAUAGUUUCUAGAAACCAGAGGCGUAGUCACAAUUAAUGGAAGACUUGCCAUGAAGGGUGAAGGGCUCUGGGAAGGACAAGGAGAUCGUCAUGCAUAAAAAGCUAAAGGCUCUUAUGGAAUGGCGGGGCUGCUGGAAAUGCCUCCUUUCACCUUUAAGAGGGUUUGUUGUAUUAGUCAGGUCACUGUACUGGCUGUAGAAAUCAAGGCUUCACUUUUUCUGCUUCUGAAAUUAGAUGGGAGGGUGCCUAAAGUGUGUAUCUUUUUUCUUCUCUUUCAGAAAAUUUUGCCAAAGACCUUGAAAUGUUUGCAAGGGCUGCCAGGAAGGAAGAGCAGCAGCAGGGUGGGAGAGAAGUUCCAGUCAGCCCACAAGAUGCCGUUGCCCCCCGGCCUCCUGCUGCUGCUGCUCUCCGGGGUCACGGCCACCGCUGCCCUGUCCCUGGAGGGCGGCCCCACUGGCCCAGACAGCGAGCAUAUGCAGGAAGCGGCAGGAAUAAGGAAAAGCAGCCUCCUGACUUUCCUCGCUUGGUGGUUUGAGUGGACCUCCCAGGCCAGUGCUGGGCCCCUCAUAGGAGAGGAAGCCCGGGAGGUGGCCAGGCGACAGGAAGGCACAGCCCCCCAGCAAUCCGCGCGCCGGGACAGAACGCCCUGCAGGAACUUCUUCUGGAAGACCUUCUCCUCCUGCAAAUAAAACCUCACCCAUGAUUACUCACGCAAGUGUAAUGACAGACCUGAAUAAAAUGUAUUAAGCAGCA